AUGGAAGAGAUGAAUGCUAAAGGAGUCAUCCUGAAAGCCUUUGACCAGUUCAGGUUGAAGUCAUGUAUUGACUUCAAACCAAGGGACUCUGAGGAGUAUUACAUCAACGUCAAAAAGUUAAGCGGAUGUUAUUCAUAUAUUGGGAAAGUAAAAUCCAACGGACAGGACCUUUCCAUCGGGUCUUACUGUGAUUCCAUCUCAACGGUUGAACAUGAGUUCCUCCAUGCUUUGGGCUUCUACCAUGAACAGUCCAGAUAUGACAGAGAUGAUUAUGUGACCAUUGUUAACAAGAACAUCCGAGAAGGUUUCGAGCGUAAUUUUCAAAAAGGGAGCAAUAAAAGCACCACCACCCAGGGAGUCCCGUACGAUUUCUGGUCAGUGAUGCACUAUGGCGAAAAUAGUUUCAGCAAUGGCAACGGGUCAACAAUUCUAACCAAAGACCCAAAGUUCCAGGAUGUGAUUGGUCAAAGACUGGAAGUGAGUCCCAAAGAUGUUCUGGAGCUGAACCUCCUCUACAAAUGCAAGUCAACCAUUGCAUUUCAGAUGCAAUGCAGCUUCCCUGAUGAGACCAUGUGUCAAAUGACUAGCUGUUCACAGAGUGGGCUUGGCUGGGAAAUGGUAACUAAGGUUAAAGGGGGUCCUGUGUCUGACCACACCAGUUUACCUAGUGGCAGUGGUGAACAAGGUGAAGAUGCAGGUUACUUCAUGCAUGUUAGCACGGCAUCAGGUGAGGAGGGAGACUCGGCCUGGCUGGAGACCCACAGGAUGAGUCUCAAUAGGGAGCAUCAUGUCCAGUGUCUGCAGUUCUACUAUUUCCACAGUGGGAACAUGUCAGACCACCUCAACAUCUGGAUCAGAGAGUUUCAGGAUGAAUUGGACCUCAAGGGAACCCUACGCCUCAUGGGACAGAUCACUGGUGAGCCAACAAAACACUGGAAGCUCCAUCAUGUGUCCCUGAAUGCCACCAAGCACUUCCAGGUGGAGUUUGAGGUUCGUAAAGGAGCAGGAAGCUCUACAGGCGGCUUCUCCAUCGAUGACAUCAAUCUGUCAGAGACCGAAUGUCCACAUGUAACCAUGCAGCUUGAUGACUUUGAGCAAACCUUGAGCUCUAGCAAAUAUGGCACCACUAUUUACAGCCCUCGGCAAUACUCCAGCGGGGGCUAUGCUUACAGGGUUGGGGUUUUGUUGUAUAAUUCAUAUUUUGGAUUGUUUGUGCAACUCGUGUCUGGUGAAAAAGAUGACCGGCUGGAGUGGCCUUGCCCACAAAGGCAGGUGACCUUCAAAAUGCUGGACCAGAACGCAAACAUCCAGGUGCAGAUGUCCAAGCAAUUAAGUAUCACCAGUGAUCUAAGCACAUCCUCUGGUGGCAGCUAUCUUUGGGGCAAUCCUCGUAAAGUUGGAACUCCAUACGUAGAUGAGAAUAAUGAGAAUGCAUUCGCUGGAACUCUGCUUGGCAGAUCGUAUUUUGCCAAACAGAAGGAUAUGAAAACCAGAGAGUUCCUCAAAGGAGGAAGUGUCGCUUUUGUUUUCAGCUUCCAAGAUAUCACCCCGGUAGUCACUGGAAGUGCCCUGCCAAGUCCUCAAGUGGGACCAGUGGAGAUCAAAUAUCCUCCGAAAGAUCUGAAUGGAGGCCCCUGCUCAUCACGAAUCUCACCAACCACCACCCACUCAACUCCCAAAACAACGGAUGAGAGGUAUUCACACUGA